UGCUACUCCGUAGCAGUAGUACUCUACAGACUCAUUAUGCAAGCACGCGAGCAUUCUGGUCUCCGAAUUUUGGUGUCGACCUCAGGCGACCGGACAGAAGUAAUCUCCAACUUUUGUUGGAAAUUAAUAAUUAUGUGGGACCCAACUGAGAACUGUCUAACUGCGAUCAAAAUCAUCGUGGCAGUAAGUCAAGAUGCCUGGUUAACUAAUUAGGGCGUAUGAACAAGUCAUCGUGGCAGUGCAACUGCACUGCAACCACGUACGGUAGCACCAUUCCAUGGCUGUCCUCCUAAACCCUUCGUCUUCCUCAAGCAGCAAAGCAACGCCGCGGCCGCCGCAGCAGCAGCAGCUACUACUACUCUUGCUCCACUUGCUGCUCGUUGCCGUCCCCGCCACCUCUCUCACCUUCAGCUAUGACGCGGACUCCUUCGUCUCCGAAGAUUUCAGGCAGGAGGACGACGCCAUGGUCACCGCCGGCCGGAUCGAGCUGCUCGGUGAGGAGUUCGCGGCGCGGGCCAGGGGACGCGCGCUGUACAAGCGGCCGGUGCAGCUCUGGGACGGCGCCACCGGCGAGGAGGCCAGCUUCGCCGCGAGCUUCAACUUCACCAUCCGGUCGGUGGCUGGCAGGGGCAACGCCCUCGCCGGCCACGGCAUGACGUUCUUCCUCGCGCCGUUCAUGCCCGACAUGCCGCAGGAGUGCUACGAGGGAUGCCUCGGCCUCUUCGACCAGAGCUUGACGAGGAACACGGCGAGCGCCACCAUGGGCAACGCCUCAGGCGCCGCCAGCUUCGUCGCCGUCGAGUUCGACACGCACAUGGACGGGUGGGACCCGAGCGGCCGGCACGUCGGCGUCGACAUCAACAACGUCGACUCGCGCCGCGGGAACUACGUGGUCUUGCCGGAGGACAGCCUCGUCGACGCCGGCGUGAUGUCCGCCACGGUGUCCUACGACAGCGGCGCGAGGCGGCUCGACGUCGCCCUCGCCAUCGGCGGCGGCGCCGCAACCGCAACGUACAACCUCUCCGCGGCCGUCCACCUGCGAAGCGUGCUGCCGGAGCAGGUCGCCGUAGGCUUCUCGGCGGCCACCGGCGACCAGUUCGCCAGCAACCACACCGUGCUCUCCUUCACCUUCAGCUCGACGCUGCCGACGAGGACGACCAACCCGCCGCCGCCAUCCACCUCGUCAGCCAAGACGGCUCAUCUCAGCGCCGCCGUGGCCGCAGCCGGCAUAGCACUGUUACUCCUCGUCCUCGCCAUCACCAUCCUCAUUCGCCGAGCGAGGAAACGCCGCCGACGCGACGACGGCGUCUCCUACGACGACUCCCUCGACGACGACGACGAGGAGGACAUGGAGUCGGGCACGGGGCCACGGCGAAUCCCGUACGCGCAGCUGGCGGCGGCGACGGGCGGGUUCGCGGAGAUCGGCAAGCUCGGGGAGGGUGGGUCGGGGUCUGUGUACGGCGGGCACGUGAGGGAGCUCGGGCGGGACGUGGCGAUCAAGGUGUUCACCCGGGGGGCGUCCAUGGAAGGGAGGAAGGAGUACAGGUCGGAGGUGACGGUGAUCAGCCGGCUGCGGCACCGGAACCUGGUGCAGCUGAUGGGGUGGUGCCAUGGCCGCCGCCGGCUGCUGCUGGUGUACGAGCUGGUGCGCAACGGCAGCCUCGACGGCCACCUCUACAGCAACAAGGAGACCUUGACCUGGCCGCUCAGGUACCAGAUUAUUAAUGGACUAGCCUCCGCGGUGCUGUACCUCCACCAGGAAUGGGAUCAGUGCGUCGUCCAUGGCGACAUCAAGCCCAGCAACAUCAUGCUCGACGAAUCCUUCAACGCCAAGCUCGGCGACUUCGGCCUCGCGCGCCUCAUCGACCACGGCAUGAGCCUCCAGACCAUGACCGCCGUUGCCGGCACGCCGGGCUACCUCGACCCGGAGUGCGUCAUCACCGGCAAGGCCUCCACCGAGUCCGACAUGUACAGCUUCGGCAUCGUCCUGCUCGAGGUGGCAAGCGGGAGGCGACCAAUGGUAGUGACACCUCGUGCAGCCGCUGCCACCGCGGGUGGUGGGAAGGACGACGACGACGGCGGCGGACAGGUGUUCCGCCUGGUGGAGUGGGCGUGGGAGCUCUACGGCCGGGGUGAUGAUGAUCAGUCGUCGCUCGACGCCAUCGCCGACACACGGCUCGGCGGCGCGUUCGACCGGUGGGAGAUGGAGCGUGUGGUGGGCGUCGGGCUGUGGUGCGCGCACCCCGACCCGAAGGCGCGGCCGGCGAUCAGGCAGGCGGCGGAGGCGUUGCAGUCGAGGAAGUUCAGGAUGCCGGUGCUGCCGCCGAGGAUGCCGGUGGCAGUGUACCUGCAGCCGUUCGCGGCUUCCACCAUGAAGUACUACGGCGACAGCAUGACCUCCGUUGGGUCGGAGGUUGUUGGUUACUCGUCGACCAGCCUUGCGACGGCGACGCUGUCGUCCAGCUCUAGCUUGCCAUCGGCCAUGGCUAACAAUGACAGCUUGAGCCCAAGAGAAUGAGGGUUUUGGUUAUAUUAGAAGUUGGUCAGUUGGUACUGCCGUACUGGUAGAUGGCACAUGGUAGAUAAAGGAUAUACUCCCAUGUUGCAAUAACUCAUUCCAAUCUGCUUGUAAUAUUUGAAUGAACUGGUGUCCUUCUGCUCCACUAGUGGUGAAAUACCCAAGGCAAAAUUUGCUACAAGACACCUAAAGUUUGUGGCAUUUGCUGUGAGACAUCCAAAGAACGUGUAUUUUCUCGUGGACACCGUAAAAAUGUGGUAAUUAGCUGCUGGAUAUCUGCCUCAUUAUUUUAUUA